AUGCAGCGAGAGCGCAACUUGGCACCGGACUGGAUACUGCGCGAAGCACUGAGCGUACAGCAUCAAGCCAACUCGACGUGGAAGGCGCCGGGUCAAGAGCAGGAGCACAAUUCCAGCAUGGCUUCCAACUCGGCUUCCAAUGGCUCCGGCGGGCUCACCCUGACCAUCCUGGGCUGUGGCACCAUGGGCAUUGCCAUCCUCGGCGGCAUCAUGGACUCGCUGGCAACGCAGCACCCGCAGGAUCAUGUCAGCAUUCCCACGAAGAGCGUGUCUGGGACAAGUACCCCGGCCGAGCCAACACCAGAAAGGCUGCCUACAGUCUUCAAUGCGUGCGUGCGGCGACAUGAGAGCGCAAAGAGGAUCAAGGCAGAACUGGGCCGCUAUCCCGCCUUCGAAUCGCUCACAAUCUACGAGAACGACAACCUGGGCCCAGUGCAGGAAGCAGACGUGAUUCUCCUCGCCUGCAAGCCUCACAUGGUCGCCGAUAUCUUCUCCUCGAACGAUAUGAAAGAGGCUUGCGCCGGCAAACUCCUCAUCUCCAUCUGUGCCGGCGUGACGACCGAUCAAGUCCAGGCCAAUCUCGGCUCCAGCCGGGACAGCUGCACCGUUGUCCGUACCAUGCCCAACACCGCGGCAGCCGUUCGAGAGAGCAUGACCGUCAUCGCUACUUCGAACCCUCCUCUGUCACCUCAGACAAGCCACCUCAUCACCUGGAUCUUCACACGCAUCGGCCGUGUGGUUCAUCUCCCACCCAGCACCAUGGACGCUAGUACCGCCCUUUGCGGCUCGGGACCUGCCUUCGUCGCCUUGUUCUUGGAGUCACUCGUUGCUGGCGGUGUUGCAAUGGGCCUGCCGCGUGAAGAAGCCUACACAAUGGCAGCGCAGACAAUGCGAGGGACGACGGGCUUGGUCCUGCAAGGAGAGCACCCAGCGAUUCUGAAGGACAAAGUGAGCACGCCAGGUGGCUGCACGAUUGGAGGAUUGCUGGUGUUGGAAGAAGGGAGUGUAAGAGGAACGGUGGCAAAGGCUGUCAGAGAGGCUACUGUUGUUGCUAGUCAGCUUGGUCAGGGCCGAAGUGGUGUGAACGGCACGAGGUUCAAUUGA